CGGCCCUUGAUAGGGUUUUCUAAUCCCUCCUGCAUUUCUCACUUCCUGCCUUAAGCUCAUGAGAACACGUCUCUCAUUGUGUCAUCCAUGCAUCCAUCAGCUCUUUCAUUCACGCAAUGAAACCACGUUUACAAUGUGCCAACCACACAGCUAAGCCAUGCAUGCAUUCAGCCUGACCCUGAAGGAAUUCCUAUUCUGGAGAUGUAUGCAGAAGGUUGGUGGUGCAGCGGACAUGGCAGCAGAAGAGACCCGGACAUUGCAGCAAACAGUGACAAAUCAGACAAGAUCAGAAUGACCAGAGCAGGCUUUCAUUAACCCAGGCGCAAGGCUUCCCACGCACCGGUUGGUCACUUUGCUUUAUUUUCAGACUUCGCCGGAUGCAUAACUGUAGCCUUGGGUAAGCGUUUUUGGUUUUUUUUGUUUGUAAAGCAAGCCAAGCGCUGGUUUACUUUCCUCCACCUCUUCCGUAGAUGACCUCCAGAUAAGGGAGGAGAGAAGGGCUUUGCUUCCGACCGGGGGCUGCGAGGUGGUGGUGGGGUGACUGAUGUCACGUGCUCCAGAUCUCCUUCGGAACGGCCAGUGUCUCGGCCCAGACAGGGUUGCUAGGCAACCGGUAAACUCCACAGCUCCCAGCCGUUUGAAUUGCGCUGAAGCUGGGACGUGGCUUGGGCGCUUUCCCGAGCCUGGCGUGGCAGGAGAAACUGAGGCUAGGUAAGGGACUGGCGCCCGGGAGGAAGCCUGGCGACAGAAGGGAAGAGCCACAGAGGGUAACAAUCACCACCAGUUCAAGAAACCUAGGAGAUUCCUUCUAGAGGAGCUGUCGGACGCUGAAAUCGGGACCAGCGCUCUUUGGUCAGCAUUAAUCCUCGCUGCCCAAGUUCCAGGACCUCGGCAACCCCCAAGCACCUUGCCUCCUGCCCCACUAUUCUGUCACAGCCAUCACCAUGGAGAUCGUCUAUGUGUACAUCAAGAAGCGCAGCGAGUUUGGGAAACAGUGCAACUUCUCAGACCGCCAGGCUGAGCUGAAUAUCGACAUUCCGCCCAACCCUGAGCUGGCUUCACAGUAUGUGGAGCGGAACCCAGUGGACACCGGCAUCCAGUGCUCGGCCAGUAUGUCAGAACACGAGGCCAACACGGAGCGGUUUGAGACGGAGAGCUGCGGGAUUAACCAUGUUGAGGGGGGCUGGCCCAAGGAUGUGAACCCCCUGGAGCUGGAACAGACCAUCCGCUUCCGGAAGAAAGUGGAGAAAGAUGAGAAUUACAUCAAUGCCGUCAUGCAGCUGGGCUCGAUCAUGGAGCAUUGCAUCAAGCAGAACAAUGCCAUUGACAUCUACGAGGAGUAUUUUGAUGAGGAGGAUGGCGUGGAGGUGACUGAAGAAGCCCCUUCAGCCAAGACCAUCAACGUCUUCAGGGACCCUCACGAUAUCAAGAGGACAGCCACACACCUCUCCUGGCAUCCUGACGGCAACAGGAAGCUGGCGGUGGCUUAUUCCUGCUUGAACUUCCAGCGAGCCCCCACCGGCAUGAGCAACGACUCCUAUAUCUGGGACCUGGAAAACCCCAACAGACCUGAAAUUGCCCUGAAGCCAUCUUCUCCUCUCAUCACCCUGGAGUACAACCCCAAAGACUCCCACGUGCUCCUAGGGGGCUGCUACAAUGGGCAGAUAGCCUGCUGGGACACCCGGAAGGGCAGCCUGGUGGCAGAGCUGUCUACCAUCGAGUUCAGCCACCGAGACCCAGUGUAUGGCACCAUCUGGUUGCAGUCAAAGACAGGCACUGAGUGCUUCUCAGCAUCCACGGAUGGGCAGGUCAUGUGGUGGGACAUUCGCAAGAUCAACGAGCCCACGGAGGUAGUCAUCAUGGACAUCUCCCGAAAGGAGCAGCUGGAGAACGCCCUGGGCGCAAUCUCCUUGGAGUUCGAGUCUACUUUGCCGACCAAGUUCAUGGUGGGCACGGAGCAGGGCAUCGUCAUCUCCUGCAACCGCAAGGCCAAGACACCAGCCGAGAAGAUCGUUUGUACCUUCUCAGGCCACCAUGGCCCUAUCUAUGCCCUCCAGAGAAACCCCUUCUACCCGAAGAACUUCCUGACUGUUGGUGACUGGACAGCCCGCAUCUGGUCUGAGGACAGUCGGGAGUCAUCUAUCAUGUGGACCAAGUACCACAUGGCUUACCUCUCUGAUGGAGCCUGGAGCCCCGUGAGACCAGCAGUUUUCUUCACCACCAAGAUGGACGGGACCCUGGACAUCUGGGACUUGGUGUUCAAGCAUAGUGACCCUGCCCUCAGCCUGAAGGUGUGUGAUGAGGCCCUCUUCUGCCUCCGGGUUCAGGACACUGGCUGUCUCAUCGCCUGUGGCUCCCAGCUUGGAACGACCACUCUGCUGGAGGUCUCCAGCAGUCUCUCCACCCUGCAGAGGAAUGAGAAGAACAUAGCGUCUUCCAUAUUUGAACGUGAGACCCGUCGGGAAAAGAUCCUGGAGGCCAGACACCGUGAGAUGCGUCUGAAAGAGAAAGGCAGGGCAGAAGGCAAAGAUGACGACCAGAGGGAGGAUGAGACUUCCGUGAACCAUGAAGAGCUAGUUGCCAAAGCUGAGGAGGAGUUCUUCGAGGUCAUCUUCUCAGAGCUGAAGAAGAAGGAGGCAGAGGCUCUGAAGAAGAAACCGAAGAUCAAAAAGAUAAGUUUAGAAGUAGAAGAUGAAGAUGAACAGUUGGAAGAAACUGCCGGAGAGGAGGAAGAAAUGGCUGAAGGAGUAGAAGGUGAAGAGAGAGAAGACGACGUGCCCAGCUAGAGCAGCAUCUGCCCACGGCGCUGUCCCUUUGUGUCCCUUGCUGGCCUUCUUCUUGAUGCUGCCUCUCCUGACAAAUGGAAGCUGAGUUUCUUUCCUGGAUAAUUUUUGGUGGGGAGAUCAGGGACAAGUCACCGGUCCAUACUGGGGCCGAGUCCUGACUGCACCCCUUCCUAGGGUGGAAAGGGACAGGGCUUGUCUCUGUGAUGACUCUCCCAGCCUCAGCCCCUGUGAGGCUCACUCCAGCUCAGGGCACACAGGGCCUUCAGUUAGACUUCAGAUAUAUCCCUAUUCUAUUUAUCAUAGGAUCUCCGGUUAGUAUUUCUUUACUAGAAGCUUCCAGAGCUCAGCUGAGCUUGACUCAUGUACAGGGGCUUCAGGAGCACCUACAAAGGGACACGUUUCUCUCGCCUUCUCCACCCCUUCACCUACUUUGUAACAGAAGCAUAAGUUUGUCCCCUCUGCAGUGCCUUCCAAGCAACCCCAGGGGGUAUCAUAGCAUGCAGCCCCAUGAGGGUGGUCUACGAGAGAGUAGCUAGGGUGAGCCUGGCCC